AUGCCUAAUGCCAUUGGCGACAUCCAGAAGGAGGACACUACCUCGUUCCCAUACAUCUUCGAGCAGGAUGUCACCGUCCGACUCAAGGCGGCUGGUGGCCUCAUCCGCUGCAACAUAUAUCGACCCAAGACCGAAGCGCGCGUCCCAGUGAUCGUGACGUAUGGACCUUACGGGAAGGACAUUCACUACGAAUUAUUUCAUCCUUUAUCCUUCGCGGAAGUCAACUCGGAGCACCACUCGGCACAUUCGGCGUGGGAGACACCUGACCCCGGAUUCUGGACCCGCCAUGGUUAUGCCGUUGUGCGCGCCGACGAGCGAGGCCUUGGACAGUCGCCAGGCGUGCUGGAUACCAUGUCCCGCGGCACAAGUGAAGCCUUCUUCGACGUGAUCGAAUGGGCGGCCGAGCAGACGUGGUCGUCGGGGAAAGUUGGUCUGCUGGGCGUUAGCUACUAUGGAGGGAGCCAGUGGCGUGUCGCUGCUCGGCAGCCCAAGGGCCUUGCGGCGAUAAUUCCUUGGGAAGGGAUGUCAGAUUACUACCGCGACCGCUGUCGUCAAGGUGGCAUUCUAUCUAAUGGGUUCAUCAAAUUUUGGUGGGAUCGUCAAGUCAUCACCAAUCAGUAUGGCAUGCCAGGACGUGCUGCACGUAACUGGGGACCCGAUACCAUUGAGGGCGAUCUGUCGCCAGAGGAACUGGCUGCCAACCGUCGCGACCAAACGGAAGAUAACGUGGCUCACAGGUUCCGCGAUGACGUCUACUACGCAUCCAAAGAGUAUAAUAUGGGUGAUAUUCAAGUCCCUGUGCUCAGUGUUGCCAAUUGGGGCGGAAUCUGUCUGCAUCUGCGCGGUAAUGUGGAGGGCUGGACGUGGGCAGGGUCUCCCCUGAAAUACUUACGCUUCAUUACUGGUCGGCACGAUUUGCCUUUCUACUACCACGACGAGGUGGAGGUCCAGCGUAGCUUCCUGGAUGCUUUCCUCAAAGGCGAAGAUCGUGAGGGCUGGAGUGUUCCUGGCAAGCUGCCACCCGUUAGCCUUAUUCUGCGAAAGGGGGACGUUGGCUUCAACGACGCGAAGGCCGAAAAAGCAUACACCCGGCGCAGUGAGCAUGAGUGGCCAAUUGCCCGGACGCAAUACACCCCUUUCUUCCUUCACCCCGACGGAAGGUUAAUCGGUGAUGAGACCGCAAUUAAGAGCUUGCCUGUAACAAAGGUCUCUUACCCUGCUUUGGGCACCCUCGACAACCCGCAGCGGUUGCAGUUUGAGACUGAAUCCUUUACGCAAGAGACAGAGAUUACCGGUCACGUUGUGGCACAUCUGAGUGUUUCGGUGACUCCGGACGCAGGUAGUGAGAUCAUCCCUUCCGACAUUGAUCUUUUCGUCACCCUGCGACACAUCUCUCCAGCAGGCGAGGAGGUAUUUUAUACGGGCACGGCCGGCGAUCCUGUGCCUCUGACCAAGGGCUGGCUGCGCGUUAGCUUGCGGAAGACUGAUCCUGAUCACUACAAGCACCGAGCAUGGCUGCCACAUCGAAACUACGUGAGCACGGACGUGGAGCCAGUUAUUGUGGGCGAUAUCUACGCUGUGGAUGUGGAGAUCUGGCCAACAAACGUCGUUGUGGAACAGGGAGGCAAAAUCAUUCUGGAAGUCGCCUCGGGUGAUACGCAGGGAUGCGGUAUCUUCAAGCAUGACUCCCCAAUCGAUCGGCAAGUAUCCUAUCAACCGAGAACGGAAACAUAUUUCGCUAACUAUUGGUAA